UACCAACACUUGUUACUGUUAGGAACUUAUCAUCCCACUCACUGUGCGGUGCACCCUACCUUCUUGUAUAGUCGCCGUCACCCUCUCAAAGCCCCCUCUUCUCUCUCUCCUCGUUUGUUAGCCCGUCUGUCUUGAGUCUCCAACGUUCGAAAGCGCUGGCCCUAACUUCUCCCAGAUUCCAACGCCCCAAUCCCCACGCAGCCUCCGCCUGUUUUUCUCCGUCCCGACGCCCAAACGAGAGAGAAAGCGGCGGGCGGGCCUUUAUGAAUCCCAAACCUCAGGGGCGAAGAUGGGCGGAGUCACCUCGUCGAUUGCAGCCAAGUUCGCCUUCUUCCCUCCGAGCCCGCCCUCCUACACGGUAAUCGCCGACCAGUCCUGCGGCGGUCGAUUGUACAUUCCUGAGGUCCCCCGCCGGGACGACGUUGACGUCCUCAAGCUUCGCACUCGCCGGGGCCACGAAAUCGUCGCCAUCCACAUCAAAAACCAGAAGGCGACCUCUACUCUUCUCUAUUCCCACGGUAAUGCCGCUGAUUUAGGUCAGAUGUUCGAGCUCUUCGUCGAGUUGAGCAUCCGCCUUCGAAUUAAUCUCAUCGGGUAUGAUUACUCUGGAUAUGGGCAGUCAAGUGGAAAGCCAUCUGAAUAUAAUACAUACGCAGACAUUGAUGCCGUGUAUAAAUGCCUUAAGGAGCAGUAUGGGGUCAAAGAUGAACGCUUAAUUUUAUAUGGUCAAUCUGUUGGUAGUGGUCCAACUAUCGAUCUUGCUUCCCGUGUAUCAAACUUGAGAGGUGUAAUUUUACAUAGUCCAAUCCUAUCUGGGCUGAGAGUAUUAUACCCUGUCAAGCGGACUUAUUGGUUCGAUAUUUACAAGAAUAUUGACAAAAUUGGUAAAGUGAACUGCCCUGUUCUCGUGAUCCAUGGUACAGCAGACGAAGUUGUUGAUUGUUCCCACGGGAAGCAGCUUUGGGAUCUUUGCAAGGAAAAGUAUGAACCUUUAUGGCUAAGUGGGGGAGGGCAUUGCAAUCUUGAGCUCUAUCCCGAGUUCAUUAGGCAUCUCAAAAAAUUUGUACAGUCGCUUAGCAAAUCAAAACCAGCCACAACCACAAAUAGCACGAAGGCAUCCACUGUAGACUCAGACAACCAGCAAAAGCCAUCUGAAAGUAGUUCUUCAGAUGCAUUUGAGCUAUGUGUGGAUCCUCCAGAAGUUUCUAGAAACAGUUUAGACAGUCGACUAGAGAAGUCCAAGAAGUCAAACAAGCCUGAAAAAUCUCGGAUGAGCACUGACCAUGUUGACAGGUUUAGAAGAAAAGGCUUAGUCUGGUGAUAAAUUUGAGAAGAUCAUCUAGCUGUGAAGGAAGGCCAUGAUUAUUCAAUUAAUGGGUCUUUGGAUCGACGCAUCAAAGCCAUCAGUUUUAGGUCCGGAUAACAUAAUGCGUGUGCUCCGCAGAACCGAUCGCAUAAGUUAUUUGUAUGUUCAGUAGAUAAAUCAGAUUAAAUAGAGAAGGUUUUUUUUUUUUUUUUUUCUUUUUUCCUCUGUUCUCUACCUGUAAUAUCAACAUCCUCAAAUAACUGGCAAAAGACUCUGUUGAGUGUAAUAUCAAUGUACUCAUCCGAAUAUGAAAUUUUUGCUUUAGCAGUGAUGGUUAUUGUAUAAACUUGGAUUUGAUCUUCUGAUU